AUGGUUUCUCCGUCAGCAUGCGCAAGAUCCGUCCGAAUUUCACUCUUUUCAUAUGGUCAUGCCAAUGGGCCAAUUGUGCAACCACAUAGCGAGGCACAAUAUCACAAAACCUUAGCCUACAAUAUUCGACACUUGCCAAAUCCACCUCGUCAUCUUCGAGCCAAAGCAACUGGCCUAUCUCGGCGACUUCAGAAGGAGUUUCUCCAAAAUAAUAAUGCCGAAGAAUUUUUGGUAAAGGUCCAACGGGAAAUUUCCGAUGUAGCCAAAGAAGGAUGUGACCAGCUGUUGUAUUCAACUGGGCGGGAUGGAAAUAAACAAGGGCCCGAGGAAGCUGAUACCCGCUCUGAUUUGAAUGCGCAUUCAAGUGAAGAGGCCGCCGCAGAAGGCGCAGACAUCGAUAUAGUGGUGACAAUAUGCUGUGAAGAAGGUCGUCAUCGGAGUGUUGCGUUUGUUGAAGAACUAGCCCGAAGGCUGGCUAUGCUCAAACAUGGUGAUGACUCUUCUCAGCACUGGCAGCUCAGUAUCAACGUUACACAUCGUGAUAUCGGGAAUCUCGAAGACUGCGAGCAGUCCCUAGGUCAGAAUAAGCGCCCAAACAAGGUUCAAGCAAAGACUAGACAAAGAGAACGACGUGAAAAGGGAAACAGGUAUGAAUAUCCUGAAGACUAG